GUCUGGCCGCGCUCGGUUCCGCUCCACCUGCCGGCGCGCCGCGCGGGCCAUGGGCAGCUGCGGGCCGGGGGGCGGCGGCGCGGGGCCCCGCUGAGCCCGCCGGGCGGGCAUGGGCGACCGCGAGCGCAACAAGAAGCGGCUGCUGGAGCUACUGCAAGCGGCGGGCACCGGCAACGCGCACUGCGCUGACUGCGGGGCGGCGGAUCCCGACUGGGCCUCUUACAAGCUGGGCAUCUUCAUCUGUCUGAACUGCUCCGGGGUCCACCGCAACUUCCCCGACGUCAGCAGAGUCAAAUCCGUGAGACUUGACUUCUGGGACGACAGUAUCGUGGAGUUUAUGACCCACAAUGGGAAUCUGCGUGUGAAGGCCAAGUACGAAGCCAGAGUCCCUGCCUUCUACUACGUCCCCCAGGCCAGUGACUGCCUGGUCUUAAAGGAACAAUGGAUUCGAGCUAAGUAUGAGAGACAGGAGUUUAUGGCUGAUGGGAAAACUCUCUCGCCCCCAGGGAGCAGAGAAGGGUUCCUGUGGAAGCGGGGAAGGGACAACGCGCAGUUCCUGAGGAGGAGGUUUGUCCUCUUGGCCAGAGAAGGUCUCCUGAAGUACUACACCAAAGAGGAGGGUAAAGGACCCAAAGCUGUCAUCAGCAUCAAGGACUUGAACGCCACCUUCCAGACAGAGAAGAUUGGGAACCCCCACGGGCUGCAGAUCACCUACAGAAGAGAUGGUCACCUCCGGAACCUGUUCGUGUACCACGAGAACGGCAAGGAGAUAGUGGACUGGUUCAAUGCCCUCCGUGCAGCUCGCCUACAGUACCUGAAGGGAGCCUUUCCUGAGCUCCCCGAGUCUGAGCUCGCGCCCCUCAUCACCUGGAACUACCUCAAACAAGGCUUCAUGGAAAAGACGGGCCCAAAGCAGAGAGAGCCUUUCAAGAAAAGGUGGUUUGCCUUGGACCCCCAGGAGCGCAGGCUAAUCUAUUACAAGCACCCACUGGAUGCCUUUGAGCAGGGCCAGGUGUUUCUGGGCAGCAAGGAGCAGGGGUACGAGGUGCAUGAGGAUCUGCCCAAGGGCGUGCGGGGGAACCGCUGGAAAGCCGGCCUCACCGUGAUCACCCCCGAGCGCAGAUUCGUCCUCACUUGCCCCAGCGAGAAGGAGCAGCGGGAGUGGCUGGAGAGUUUCCGGGAUGUCCUGGCCCGCCCCCUGACACCCCUCAACCUCCUCACGUCCACAGAUGGUGCCAGCCACAGCAGGUGACCCAUUGAGGCUUGUGCUGGCCACUGGCCACCUGGAGCUCCAGUGGGGAGGAAGAAUUCUCGCCUCGACCCUAGUGUCCCUGCAGGAGUGCCCUGCUGUGGGCAGCCAGCGCUGACAGUGAGUCUGCAGAGACUGAGGAUUAUGCCUUUACCUGCUGGUUCCUGGGGCCUCUUGACUGUCCUGCAUUGGAGGUCAAGGGUCUAGGAACUGUCCUCAGGACUGCUGAAGUAAAGGCACUGCAAUGAAAAGGAGCAGCAAUGGCAUCGCACAAGUGGGAUGUUGCUCCAAAGCAAUAAAGAUUUUAAUCAGGAUCAUGAAGAGAGACCGUGACGAAAGAAUUGGACAAAAGCAUGUUUGGGAUUCUCUGCAAAACAGCUGGGCCAGAUUCUAAAAAUGAAAGAUAAAGUAGGCUCCCCCAAGAAAGGGCAUAACAACCGAAUACAAUCCAUACUUCUUGAAUGGAUCCUGAACGACAUAGUAAUAUUGAGAUAAAGAACAUAUUUAGGGGCUGGAGCGAUUAGCACAACAGGC